UGUUGACUUCGACUGUCAUCGUCAUCGUCAUCGAGUCGAGUGUCACUGUCAAAAUGUCUAACCUUCAUCUGCAAUAACCUCUUCAGAAUCUUCAUUAGAACUUCCAACAAUUGAGAAUUGGCUGUCAAAACACGACGGAAUCCAUAGAAUAUUAUAUUUUUAUGAACUUUCAAAAUCCCGUCGAGAUGAAGUUAUACUUUUCUGAAAUCAGCAUACAGUUUCAGAUCAGUCGGAUGUUUUACUCUGCUGUUUAAAUGAAGUAUGGCCUAAAUUAACACCAAAAAUAGAGAAAUCAUUUUUCAGUGUGAAAAAUAUAUUUCUUCGUCUACGAAUAGGCCUAUCCUCAAAAUUAUCAUAUUACCAUGGCUGAGUGUGAAUCCCCUGUGAAGGAAAAUUUAGAGGCUAGCCCUGAAGAUAUCAGUGAAACUGGUUUGAAUGUAGUAGAUAAACCUUCAGAUGUCUCAAAAUCGUCAAAAAUAGAAAAAAUUGACAUCCUCCUGAAACCUACAGCUAACGCACCAAUAAUGAAAAAGAAAAAGUGGUCUGUGGACCCAGAUAAAAAGAUUGGUAUGGUUAUAGAGUUCAUCAAGAAAUACCUGAAGCUGGAUCCAGCAGAGACCUUGUUUCUCUAUGUAAAUCAAGCAUUUGCACCUUCGCCUGACCAACUAGUGAGGAACUUGUAUGACUGUUACGAAACGGACGGGAAACUGAUACUUCAUUACUGUUUGGGACAGGCCUGGGGCUGAGUUUUUUCAACUGUUUCAGAAUGCUAAAGGAAAGAAGCCUUGGUAAUUGUUAAGUCAAUAGAAAAAAGUGUAUCAGUCUUUGUGGUAGAACUUGAAUAUACAGCUGUACUGAUUAAUGGUGAUUAGCCUAAUCUUUAUUGUGAUAUUCAGAGUGUGUUGCCCCAUCAAGAGUAUGAAAUUGAACUGAUGAUUCGUGAUAAUGCAGCGUGAUUAAUUAAAUACUAGCUUUGUUAUCUGAAAUCCAAAGCACCCACUUUGGUGUUCCUGCACCCUGAAACCACAGAGGAACUGAGAGUAGUUUGAGUUUGAUAUAAAUAUUUUCAUCCAUUAGACUUGUCUGUGUAAAUAUUAUUUAAUGUGAUUUAUAUAUCUGUUUGUUGUUGUAUAUUAAAGCAUAUUUGUGUUUAUUUUUAAAAA